AUGGCCAACCGCAGCUCCGACCGUCCCAAGGUAGCGCUUGUCACGGGGGCAAAUGGCAUCAGCGGCCAUGCCCCUGGUCGAGCACCUGAUCCGGAGACCAGACACCGAGUGAGCUACUGGGUCGACCCCCGUGUCGAGUUUAUCGCGCUGGACUUUCUGGAGCCCCCGGGAGCCCUCGUGCGGAAGAUGCAAGCCAUCUGCAGUGAAGUCACCCACGCCUACUUCACUUCGUACAUCCAUAACGUCGACUUCUUCAAGCUGGCCGAGAAGAACGGUCCGUUGUUCCGGAACUUCCUGGAAGCCAUCGAUGCAGUGUGCCCUGGCUUGGAGCGGGUUUGUCUCCAGACUGGAGGGAAGCACUACGGCGUGCAGUUCCAAGAGCCCACUUCCCCCCUGCACGAGGACCUCCCUCGAUACCACGGCCCCGGCGCGGAGUCCAUCUUCUACUACCAGCAAGAGGACGACCUGUUCGAGAUCCAGAAGCGCAGAAACACCUGGCACUACAACAUCAUCCGCCCCUUUGGGAUCGUCGGCUUCACGCCCCAAUACGCCGGAAUGAACGAAGCCAUCCCAAUAGCCCAGUACUUCCUCAUCUGCCGCGCGCUCGGCGAAGCCCCACGCUGGCCGGGCCCCCGGGCCACCUACCACGCCCCGCAGGCAGCGUCCUACGCGCCGGGCAUCGCCGACCUGACCGUCUUCGCCACAACCACCCCGCACUGCGCAGACGAGGCAUUCAACCACGUCAACGGCGACGCCCUGAUCGCCAAGUUCCUCUGGCACCACCUGGGCGCGCUCUACAACGUGCCCGUCGCCGACGAUCCCGCCGCCGAUCCCGCCGCCGAUCCCGCCGCCGAUCCCGCCGCCGACCCCGUCGCCGACGCCGACGCCGACGACCAGUUCGACCUGGCGGCGUGGGCGCGGGACAAAGAGCCGGUCUGGGAGCGCAUCGUGGCGCAGUACGGCGGCUCGCGGGCCUCGUUCCGGGCUGAGGCGUUCGCGGCGAUCGCUUGGAUGUUUCGGCCGGCGGGGUUCACGACGCCCCUUGUGGGCUCGGUGCGCAAGGCGCGGAAGGCGGGCUGUGCGCGUGUGGACGAUUCGUAUGACAUGUGGACGCAGACGCUGCGGGCUUAUGAGAAUGCGGGCGUUUUGCCGGAUCAUCGGCUGUUUCAGCGGAGCUGA